AUUAUAAUGCAUUUUCGUAUACGUUUUACCUUGGGGAGGGGCCAGGGGGGCAAGCCUCUUUAAUUAUAGAGUUAGGUGGCUUGGAUUUUCUAAGUCCAUUGUUAUUGUUUCACAAGCGCCUCUAUGCACAGACUGAGCCUCAUACCUGCCUUGCAGUGCACCCUACAAACUAGUUCCUAAGUCAGUAAUAUCCAAAAUGCGCAUGGAUUAUAACGAUUUCGGACAAAAAAACGGUCUUUUAAGAGUUUUAUGUUAUUUUUUUCUCUAUAUUAAAGCAACUAAUGCCACAGCUAUUUGUAUUUUCUAAUACAUUCGUAAAAUGUUACUACGCGAGGGUAUCAGCGGCGGCACCUAACGGCGGGUUCCUGAAGUCAGUUGUUUUCAAGCCGCCAUAAUGGAUGGAAGGCCCGACACUCACUCCCUCAAAAUAUCCGUCUACUUUACCUUUCGACAAUGGGCGUACCAAAGGGUCUUUGCUGUCAGUUAGUGCUGCUGCUGCUUCACCUUUUGGCGCUGGGCAAAGGUGUGCGGGGCAUCAGUUGCUACGUUUGUUCCUCUAAGAACAAGUCUGAUGUCAGUUGUGAGGACCCUUACCACCCGGCGUAUUCAAUCUAUUCUCAGGACUGCCAGGUGCCCAAGGAGGGUCACAUCGGACAGUUCCCUGCCAACUACUGCGUCAAGAUCAUCGGGACAUCAGUGAUGACGAGCGAGUCCCUGGUGAUCCGAACGUGUGUGCUGGAGAACAUGGACUCCCAGUGUGGUGUCUUCAAGUUUGGCGGCGAGCAACUGACUGGCUGCAUCCUCACCUGUAGCUACAAUGGGUGUAAUGCAUCUCCCCCUGCCAACACCCUCUCCCGCCUCGCCCUCCUCUUACCUCUCACCUUACUGUUCUCUUCUCGUGUCUUCUGUUAGUGGUUCGUCGUGGUUGCUCAACGUCUUAGGGGUUA